UUGCCCCGCCCUCCUCUCUGCUUCACGGCGGUGGUGGGUCGGAGGAGCCGCUGUGUCCCCGGUCUGGCACGUUCCUAGCCACAUUCUCCACGGUGUUAAAUUUGAUCCCCAUUUCUCCCCCACAAAAACAAAAAAAAAAAACCUAAAGAAAAUCACUCCCCCUUCGCAAACGCCCGCAGCCGCUUUUACGUUCGCGCUUCCCACAGAAACACACAGAUCUCCGGCAGAAGAUGGCGGUUGUAAGCGGGAUGUCGGGGUCGGCGGUAGCCCGGCUAGAGGGCCGAGAAUUCGAAUACCUGAUGAAGAAAAGGUCGGUGACCAUCGGCCGGAACUCCUCGCAGGGCUCGGUGGACGUCAGCAUGGGACACUCCAGCUUCAUCUCGCGGCGGCACCUCGAGAUAUUCACCGCCGGCGAGGACGGCACUGGCACCGGAGAAUUCUACCUCCGAUGCCUGGGGAAAAACGGGGUGUUUGUUGAUGGGGUGUUCCAGAGAAGAGGGGCUCCACCUCUCCAGCUUCCACGAAUGUGUUGUUUCCGCUUCCCAAGCACAAGUAUAAAGAUCACGUUCACAGCCCUGUCCAGUGAAAAGAAGGAGCCAAGGAACGUGCCGGAAUCACCGGUCAAGCCCGUCCAGCCCCAAAUCUCCCCGCUGACCAUUAACAUUCCUGACAACAUCGCCCACCUCAUGAGCCCACUGCCUUCACCCACUGGCACCCUCAGUGCAGCAAACUCCUGUCCGUCAAGUCCACGAGGGGCAGGGUUCUCCAGCUACAGGACAGGUCGUGCGUUGACCUCUGACCUUAUAGGAGACAACUCCCAGUCUGAAAACGACAAGGAGGCGUCAGGUGAAGACAGCCCAAAAGACGACUCCAAACCUCCGUAUUCAUACGCGCAGCUGAUAGUUCAAGCGAUCACCAUGGCCCCGGAUAAACAGCUCACACUGAACGGAAUUUACACCCACAUCACCAAGAACUACCCGUACUACAGAACAGCUGAUAAAGGCUGGCAGAACUCUAUCCGUCACAACCUGUCCCUGAACCGGUACUUCAUCAAAGUGGCCCGCUCUCAGGAGGAGCCGGGGAAAGGCUCCUUCUGGAGGAUCGACCCGUCCUCCGAGGGCAAGCUGAUAGAACAGGCCUUCAGGAAGCGCCGGCCCAGGGGCGUGCCUUGUUUCAGGACACCUGUGGGAACUCUGUCCUCCAGGAGCGCUCCUGCCUCUCCUAACCACACGGGGGCACUGUCCGCCCACUCCAGCGGGGUCCAGACUCCAGACAGCCUGUCCAGAGAGGGCUCCCCGGUCCACAUGGAUCCAGAGCCGACCCCUCCCCCGGCCCCCGUGCAGACCGCCACAGUCCAGCCCAAACUCGCCGUCAUCCAGGAGGCGCGCUUCGCUCAGAGCUCCCCCGGCUCCCCGCUCAACAACCAGCCGGUACUGAUCGCCGUGCAGCGGCAGAUGCCUCAGACGACCAUGAAGCCUGUGACCUACGCCGUGGCGACGCCGGCCAUCGUGACGACGGCGGGUAGCCCCGCCCCCGUCAUGCAGACGGUGCACGUCGUCCACCAGAUCCCAGCGGUCACAAUGGCGACCGUCGCCACACAGCCUGCUGUGAGCCAAAAACCUCAGGAGAACGGCGGCGGAGAGCACAAAGAGAUCAAAGUGAAGGCGGUGCCGUCCAUCACAGCCACGUCUAUAGGCGGAGUCAGUCGUAUCAUCCAGAGCUCUCAGGCGGCGCCGCUGACGACGGUGACCAUCCUGCAACAGGCGCCGCUCGGUCAGCACCAGCUCCCGAUCAAGGCCAUCACACAAAACGGGACGCACCUGGUCCCCAUCACUACUGCUGCUAACACAGCCGUCGCGAACCCUCUUCACCUCCUGGCGACUCACGCCUCAGCCUCCGCCUCCCUCCCCACCAAGAGGCAGAACGGAGAACUGCAAGACCAGCCCGAAUCAAAGAGAGCGAAACCGGGGGCGGUGGAGGAGAGUGGUGCUGUCGUCAUCAACAACAACAACAACAACAACAACAUCAACAACAACAACAUCAACAACAACGGCACCACGGACAGAGCCGGAGAGGGAGGGGUCAGUGAACAGGUGUGAUCUGUGUGCACUGACCUCAGCUCACCUGUACGUAUCGAGCCUCACACCUUCCACACACACACACACACAUACACUCUUCUACUUCAAGGUGCCAAAAAAACGAAAGACGGAAACGAGUCUGCAGAAUGUGCAUAACUCCGCCCCCUUAUACACACACACACUCCCACUCUUCCUCCUCCUCCAUGAAACACGGUGCAAAAACUAGAUCAAACUGAAAAAUGGAAGAGAAGACUGUGAAGACGUUUGUGACGCAGACGCCCGUGAGGACGACGCCUGGUUUAAAGGGAUAGUUCAGGUUUUAUCUGGUUGGUGUUGUUGGAUGAGGUACUAAUGCGCUGCUAACUCUGACUUUAGCCACACACAUAAAAGGCUCACCUAUGAUAUCUCAAAAAUAUGCUCCCUGCCUUUAUCUCACUUUUAAACGGACUUUUUUACCCAACGAGAAACUGACAUUUGUAAAUCCACACCAAACCCCAUAGAGAAAAUCAGCGAUUUAAGUUCACAGGGACACAGGAGCUGCUGGUCUACUGCUGCCUCGUGUGGUCACUUUGUGUUAGUGAAGUAAAUCCAAAUGAAUUAUUUCAAAUCCUGACAAACAAAAUAAGACUUUUGAACGUACAGACGGAGGCGGCAGUGGAUCUUCAACUCCUGUGUGCUGUGAUGUUAAAAUCGCUGAUUUCCUCUAUGGGCUUUGGUGCAGGGAGAGCGAGUGCUUUAAUAGUAAAAAAAAUGCUGUGUAAUGACGAGAUAAAGCCGGGAAAAUACAUUCUUAUGUGAUCGUAGAUUUAAGCUGGAGUAGAUUUUAUUUUGUUAAAGCUCAGUGCGUAAGAAUUAAGUGAGAUCCUGUUUCCAAAGCACAUGAACUCCGGCUGGUUUGUCUAUUCGAGCUACUGUGGAAACGUGGCAGCACAAAAUGGCGGCUGUACAUCAACAAACAUGCGUGUAAUGUUAUGCUGUGUUCACACCGGAUGCGACAUGGCGUGGUGGUACAACACGGUGUCUCUCGUGCAAACGUCUGCAGAGAAGAAGCCGUCAUCUUGUGCAGUUUUUGCAACACGACACCGCGCAGAGCCGCUAAAUUCAGGAGCUCGCCAACGUUGUGUCCGGCCCCCGCGUGGUGCUGUGUUGUAAAAUCGCUUCACCGUCAUGCGUAAUGUUGCUAUGCUGUGUUCUGCUGUGACAGACGUGCAGCGAUGCGACGAAGAAGCCGUCGGCUUGUGUGGUUUCAGCAGCUCUCGUCCAUUUAACGGUGAAACUCGCCAACAUUGUGUCCGGCCCCGCGUGGUGUUGUGAAACCACCACAGAACGACGGCUUCUCUGCGACGUGCGGCUGGCGCUAUCAUCGUGACAAAUCGUGUUCGGCGUGAACACAGCGUUGCACACGAGCGGCUAAUAUCUUAUACAAAAAAAAACCAAAAACCUGAACUAUCCUUUUUUAAAAGAUGAAAAAAGAGGACUGUAACUCCGCCCCCAAAGACAAAAAAGGAGCCGAACUCUGGUAGCAUCACAGACGAGCGAAGAAAUCAUCGGCUGCGUAUGUUUGUUUUUUUUCUCCACAUUAAAGGGAAGUGUGUGUGUGUGUGUGUGUGUUCGUGUAUGUUCGCGUGGACAUUCCGUCUUCGGCAGCUAGCCUCCGUGUCGACCUACCUAACCUUGAGUCGUGAGUAGAUUAUGCAGUAUUCCGUCGUACACGUGUGUAUCUGUGAGUGUUUUUUUUCCCCCCUCCUCCUCCCAAAAACCACAGAUACUCUCUCUAGUAAUAAUUAAGAUAAUAAUUAACAAAGAAAAUAAAAAAUCUAUAUGUGGGCUCUUUAAGAACAUUGAAAAAAAACCACAAUAUUUUUCGGGAUUUUUUUUUUUUUACGUGAAAUGAAUGUAGUCUCAAAAACACUAUCCAUGGAGUGGAUGUCCGAUUUUUAUUUUUAUUUAGUUUUUUAAAGUUUUUUUGUUUCUGCUCACUCACGCGACAGGAAAAAAGAUUUCUUUGAUUGCCGUACAUCUACAGAUUAUUUUUUUCACGUUUUACAAAUAUCCUACGAGAUGAAACGACGUAUAUUAUUCCCGUUCUGCGUAUUUUGACCAUGAACUUGCAUGUUAUGGAUCUAGAGACAAAUGUACGUGAGCAGAUUUAACCGAGUUAUGGAACUGAAGAAAAUUUUGACUGAAUCUACGCUUUAUGAUUCUGACCAGUGCUGCACUUAACCCUCUUUAGUUUUUAUUUUUUUAUUUUAUUUUUCUGUAUUUCAUUUUUACUUUGGCUCCUCAGUAUUUUCCCUCUCGUCGUCAUUGGUUGUUUUGUUAUAUUUUGUGUUGAAGUCUCUCUUUGCUUGUUUUUUUUUUGUUGUUUUUUCAGAUUGUAUUCUAUGUUACACGAGGAAAAUUAAGUGAUCGGUGUUUGUUCUGCUUCAGUGGGUAAAUGCUUUUUUUUUUAUAUAUAAAUUUAUUUAAAACACACAAACUCUUGGUUGGGAUUUCUUUGUGUUGUGUCUUCAACGAACAAAAAUGACGGUGUUGUGUUGCUGUUGCUUUGAAGCCCAACACUACCACUGUUACAUACUGGUCAAUAACAAAGCUUUGAUAAUAAAAAUAUUAAAAAAAUAA